AUGAAUAGCAUUUUUUCUUACGCUCUGGUCGGCACCACAGGCUCUCCCUGGUGGGUUACGAUCAUCUCAAGUCUAUGGAUCUACUUUGCGGGCUCCCUCUUCUUCGACGUCGCGCAUUUCGCCCUCCACCAAUUCUCCAAAUCACGUUUCUGGAUCCUUCGUCAAAUCGGCUACCUCCAUCAAGUCCACCACCUCUACUUUAACCGACGAUUAAAGUUCAACGAGCGAUACCUCGUCCAGAACAUGGUGCUCGAGAUGCCUCUUGAGCUUUCAUGUCAACUUUUCGGGAGCUGGCUAGGCUACCUGAUCGCUCAGUACGCCGGUCUCACGGGACAAGGUCUACUCUCCGAUGAGCUGUUCGGCUUGAACAUGCUUUUCGAGACGGGACGAGUGAUAGUGGUUGCUCUCCUCCAGGGCCGCGACUCGAACCACAAGUCCUAUCCCCACAUGGUCCCCAAAGAUCCCAACGCCUUUGUCGUAGGCCCUCAAUACCACGCUAUGCACCAUGUCGACCCCUCAUCAUACAUCUCCUCCUGCUUCCGCGUCUUUGACUGGGUGCUAGGAACCGGAUGUUCCAUCCGCACGCGCAGAAUCACCAUGACCGGUGCAUCGGGUGCUUUCGGCCACGCUCUCAAACUUGAACUGCAAAAAGAGUCCCCGUCUUGCAUCCAGGAACUCAAGUACGGCAAAGACUGGACUUUCGACGACUAUUCCCGGACCAUCGAGACGCUCAAGAACACCGACAUCUUGAUUCUCUCACAUGGGUCGAAGACGGAUCCCAUGACAGCCAACUGCACAUCAGCCGUCUCCCUCGUUGAGCUAUUCAAAUCCCACUACGCACCGCGGUCAGGCUACUCCCUCCUUCUCCCGGAAGUCUGGUACGUCGGCUCCGAAGCUGAAGUCCAUCCCUCGCCUCCAGGUAAUGUCGUCAUGCGUGACUACACAGCUUCGAAACGCGCUUUUGCGAGGCAUGCUCGGAAGUACUACGACGAUGAGAAUUUGCUGUACAGGCACAUCGUACCGGCGGCUUUCAGGAGCCAGAUGGGCUGGGCGAUUGUUGGGCCGGGCUGGGCGGCGAAGGUGUGUAUGUGGUGGGUUAAAAGGGGGGCGAGGUAUGUCCCGGUCACCUACACGGGGUUUGCGUAUAUCGGGUGGGUAAAGUUUUUGUGGCUUGUCAGGAAAUCGGAAUAG